AUGCCAUCGGUCAUCGCAACAACCGCAUCGGCCUCGGCUACCGUGGUGGAGCAGGCUGCCCCAUCGUCGACCAGCAGCAGUGCCAGUACCCCGGCUUCAUCCUCGACGCCGAUCGGCAGCGGUGGAACCAAACAGGGCAAGUCGACCUUCUACGGCGGUAACACCUCGGGCGGCAAAUGCUCCUUCUCGACCUACACCAUCCCCUCCGGCCUCUACGGCACUGCCUUCUCAGGCCAGGCUUGGGAUUCGGCCGCUCACUGCGGUGCUUGCGUCAAGGUCACUGGACCCAACGGCAACAGCAUCACGGCCAUGGUCGUAGACCAGUGCCCCGAGUGCGACGAGGGCCACCUCGACAUCUUCCAAGACGCCUUCACUCAGCUCGGAACCGUCUCCGAGGGCAUCAUUUCGACUUCGUACGAGUUUGUUGAGUGCGGCAUCACCUCGCCCAUCAAGCUCCACAACAAGACUGGCACUUCUGCCAACUGGUUCUCCAUGCAAGUGCUGAACCACAACGAGCCCGUGGCGAAGCUUGAAGUCAGCACGGAUGGCGGAAGCACCUGGCAGGCGACCAAACGCCAGCCGUACAACUUCUUCGAGAACUCGAGCGGUUUCGGAACCGAGACCGUCGACGUUCGCGUAACGAGCGAGUCAGGGAAGACUAUUACUGUGAAUAGCGUCAGCGUCGCCGCCGACUCCGAAAAGGAGGCGUCAUCCAACUUCUAA